AAACUGACUAAGGGAUAAAUAUAGAUACGGCGUCUUUUGAUGUCAUGUGCCUAUGUUUCAUAUUUUUAUAUUAUCCGAGAAAACUGAGAAUUGAUCUCGAAAAAGUACAUCAAAAGUUUAAGUAAUAAUGGCUUGUCUGAUACUGAGUGUGUUCUGUGGAGUUUUGCUGCAUUUCGCAUACAGUUAUCCACACUUUGGGACUAAAAUUCCCAAUGGUGAGAAAGUCCCAAGUCCAUGCAACCCAAACUAUGUAUGGCAAGGUGUAGGACAUGAAGCGAAAGGUGGCGGAGGAUCAAGAAACCCAUUUGGAAAGGACUUUGCAGCUCAAGGAUUUACCUGGACAAAGGCGCUUUGUAGAGCAGAUUCGGAUGAAGACGGUAAAACGAACGGAGAGGAAUUGGGUGAUCCCAACUGCACGUGGGAAGUGGGAUCAACUCCUCAGAGAAGUUUUGGACUGUCUCACCCAGGUUUCUGUGACCCUUACAAUUCCACAAAGUGUAUGACGAUGAACAAGUUUCUCAAUUGUUCUGCGACUGAAUUCAAAUGCAGUGCAGUUGACGAAGACCCAGAUAUAAAACCCGUAGAUGUCCGUUUAGACACGUCCCCUGUUCCGAGUGAAGAGACAACGUAUAUGUGCCAGGUUAUAGACCUACCUACAGACAGGGAUUAUCACCUGGUAGCCAACAAACCGUACAUAGAUAACAUUAACGUGAUGCACCAUGCUGUUGUCUACGGCUGUACUGACAGUGCGAAGAUCGAGCCAAAACAUCUUUCGCCAACUACAUGUUUUAUGAACAGGCUUGAGGGAUGCCAAGAUGUGAUAGCUCUCUGGACAGUAGGAUCCUCUGGGUUAUGUUACCAUGAGAAUGCAGGGUUUAGGGUUGGAAAAACCGGCUAUAAGAAGGCACUGAUAGAGUUACACUGGAACAACCCUAUGCACGUGGGCACAUAUACAGACGGUUCAGGCAUAACUAUUUAUCUGACGCCUAAUCUUCGAGCACAUGAUGCUGGGAUGUUUUACAUUGGGCAGUCCCGACUGGAAAUUCCCCCUGGAAAGGAAAGAUACACCGCCAACUCAACGUGUACCUCUAAAUGCAUACAACGAAAAAUGGUUGGAAAUAUCAAAAUUGUUGGUGCGCUCAACCACAUGCAUUAUCUAGGGUAUUCCGCGACUUCUCAGAUGGUGACAAAUGAAGGGAAAGUGUACCACAUAUCACAUGAGGAAUCGUACAGUUAUGAUACUCCUAAAUUUGUUAUUUUUGACGAACCACUUGUCGUAGAGCCAGAGUAUAGCUUGCAGCUAACAUGUAACUAUAGAUCGACAUCACGGAGUGAGAUAACAUACUUUGGGGAGGGAACUUCAGACGAGAUGUGUUUUACCUUUCUCGUGUAUUACCCGAAGAAUAAGUGGACUGGAGACGAAUGUACGUCAUUUGGAAACUACGACUCGUGUGGUUUUGAUCCAAAUUUACAAGAUGGUGGCUGUGAUUUCAGAGAACUUGCCAAUUAUUCACACCCGAUAACUGCGGCAAGGAAUGCACGUUUAUAUGGUAACUGUGAACCAGGUUUCUGCAAAGUGGGAUGUUUGGAAGUGGUACGUGACAUUUUCAAGGAGCCUUGCUUUCAAGAAGAAAAUUUGAAAUUAAUGAAGGAAAGUUUGAGAACCGCGGAAGGUACAGCGAAAUUGACCAUCAUGGACUACUUUUAUCGCAUAGAUUCAUGUAACACUGAACUUGCUAGAGAGCAGUGUAAAUGGAAACCGGAUCCGGAUGUAAAUGGCGCUACAAAUGGAAAUAUGGCGUCUUUUUCUUUCAUUCUUUCUGUUGCCGUUUUUGUUGUUUAUCUCUAAAGUUAGAGUCAUCAUUUAUCAGGAAGAGAACAAAACAGAAUAAUAUAUAUUUUAACACAACUUACAUAAAGGAUUCAGCUCAUUGUCAAAAAUAAAUGAAGAUGUGAAAACGUUGAAUGUUUCUCAUUGCAGAGUUGGUGCAGCCGUUCUGCGCCUGCGCGGAAUUAUCCAUUGGAGCGCACGGCAAAAUUACUCUUUUUUUUGCAUGUCCGCACGCAUUUAGAGUAUCAAAUGCAUAAUAUACAGACUAGAGGUUAGGGUUAGUAUCACCAUGGUUACAAAAUAUAUACAUUUAAGAGAUUUUCUUUCAAAUUUAGUUAAUCCGGUAUAUACCGGAGUCUGUAAUAUAUCACAGGUGCACCAACUCUGUAUUUAGGCGUAGUCAAAAACGUUAUAUUCCCCUCUUUCAAACUUGUAACAACGAGUAAGAAAUACCUACAGGAAGACUGACCAAGUCUGUGUAAAUAAGACUCGUAUUUUCUUUCUUUUAAAAUUUGUUGCCUUUCGUUUUUUCUUCCGCUUUGUCACAUUACUUAAAUAGAAACUAUUCUACUUUAUUCCCCGGAACAUGAUAUCAACAUACAAUGUACCUGUACCUGUUCACCAUAUAUAUGAGGAAACUUAACCCUUACCCUGCUAUAUUUCUAUAAUGGACUGGUCCAUCUUUCAAUUUGGACAGUACCACUUAUUAUUCAAAGGGGUUUUCACUGAAAAUUUACUGACUGAAUAGCGAACAGUGCAGACCAUGAUCAGACUGCACGGAUGUGCAGGCUGAUCUUGGUCUACACCGGUCGCAAAGGCAGAAUCAUCUGCCGCCAGCAGGCUAAGGGUUAAAGGCAGUUGUUCACAUAUUGUAAUAUAUAUGUUUUAAUAAAUAAAACUUUUUUCAAAAAAUGUCAUAAUCAUGUCGCAGGAGCCUAUCGGUGUAUGGACAUUUUGAAAACGUCUGCUGAAACUGGUCCUCUCCAGAAUCGCGAAGAAUGUUCUUCUAUCGUAUAUCAGCGUGUAUCAAAUAUAGUUAUCUGUAUUUUUAUAUACUUAAAAAAAUAUAGUACUAUCGUUUCAUUUCGCUUACAUUAAAAACUAUUUUGACAGUUUUUUUUUAAAAAAAGGUUCACUUUAUUAUAGAAUUGUGUAGAACAUGUGCAUUUGGCUUUUUUUUUAAAAAGUAUGCGAUUGAAUAUUUUCAGUUGUGUCGAAAUUUUGAUUUUGAAACAUUUUUUUCCAUCUGGAUUAUUUUCUCCUUGGUAGUAAAAUGUCACAUUUAUUAUAAAUUCAUUCAGCAAAUGGCUGGUUAACCCUUUCAAAAUUUUAAAGUUUCACCAGUCGGACUGGUACCUAAAAACAACGGGUGAUUUUAUAUUAAUUCGCCAUUUAUCCUUGCUUGAACAUGGUGGAUGACAAUAUAGAAAAUUCUGUUCGGUUAAUAAACUGAUUUUGACGCAGGAGUAAAUAUGAUUCAGAAUUUAGGCAAAAACUGCAAACUUUUCAAAAUGGACCUAAACUGCAUUUCGAUUGUUACCUGUAAGAAAUAAAGAUUUUGAAUUGUUGAAUUUAAAAUGCUAAGCUCUAUAUUUUGUCGAUAAGGCUUUGCCAUUCGGCACAGCUGUCAGUUGUUACACAUUUGAACAAUUUUCAGCUUUUUUUUUAAUUUGUGGUCAAAAUUAAGAUGACAUCAGGGCAACUCAUACAUUAUCUAGAUGAUAUGACAUUUUCUUCGUGCAAAUCGUUAAUGGCCCCUAUUACGGAAUGUAUGACGGUACGAUGUGGCAUCAUGACAACACGAUCUGGCAUCACGACAACACGAUGCCACUGCGCGAUAACACGAUGUGGCAGGACAACAACACCAUGCCACAUGUAAACACAAUGUGGCAACGCGAUGCGAUAGAGAAAUAUUAACAUCGUGUUAUGGCGUCAUAUUUUUGUUCUGUCGCAUCGUGUUGUCGUGUUAUAGCAUUGUGUAAGUGUGCUAUUGCAAUAUUUUGUCCUGCUGUCGCGGUCGGCAGUAACUCGUUAUUCUAACAUGGCUCGAUUUGAUUUUAGUUAAACAGAGAAGGAAAUCAAGCUCUGUAUAUUCUGCGAUAAACAACGGUUGAUGCGCUGACCGGUAAGAGAGCAUUCAGACGUCAAUUAUGACGUCUAAUUGCCGAAUGGCUUUCGAUACAUUACUCCUCAGGUAAAUGAAGUCCAGCAUAAUAUUUAUUAAAAUAUUUCAGUGAGCAUGUCAGAAUGAAAACAAUUAAGGCCUUCUUGUGAUUUAUCGUCUAAUUUACCACGGUUCAUCGUUCAGAAGCUUUAGUAUUUAACCACUCGGACUAACGCCGUCGUGGUCCGAUUUCUACGCAUCUGAACUCUCAACCGUGGUAAUAUAGACGAUAAACCGCUAGAAGGCCUUGGUUAUUUGUUAAAUAUCGCGCAAUAGCCUCGUGUUAUCGUGCUGUCGAGGUUGACAGUAUGACACUAAUAUCGUGUCAUUGCGUUCCAGUAAGACAAUAAAAUAUCAUUGUAGAUUUAUGCCACAGACGCAACGGUUCAGCAAAAGUCAAUUUUGACUAGGGAAUUAUGUGUAACUCAUCUAAAGUUACGCCUUAUUUUUCCACUAAAUCCCCUUUCAGAUAAUAAAUUGGCAUUUUUCCUAAAUGAAUAGAAUUAUGGCCAUAAAAGUGGCCCUCUGGCAAUUUUUGUAUUCUUGUAGGACCAAAAAGGUACCUGUUACCCUCUCCUCCUCUGGCAAUUGGCAGUUGAAGAGUUUAGGGAGUUAAAGAUGGUUUAGAAUUAAGUUUAUAAAUGAAUGCCAGUCUAAAAUCUAAAAUCAAGUAGCAGUCUAAGAUCUAAAUUUUGAUGUAAGAUAUUCGAUAUUCACGAAAAAAACAACAAAUUUUCUUUUUAUUUUAUGCUUAAUUACGUUGAGAUAUGCAUUUUCUAACAAAUUUUAAUCUCAGCCGGGAAACAGACGCGCGUAAACGGACAUGACGUCGGACGUGUACUUAUAUUAGCACAGCUAAAUUUUAAUGCUGUAUCACCGGCGCUAAAACAGCCAUUUGGUGACUGAAUGGUAUUCGUAAUGAAAUCGACCAGGCACGCAAAUAAACAUGCAUAUGGUCUACAGUAUGACAUAAAAUCUACAUUCGUUUAGAUCAGUGUUAAUCUGUAUACUGUAAAUUUGUACAUGUAUACAGAGCAGAAUGGCGAUAAUUGUUUUCUGAUUUCAGGCUGUCUAGCGUCCCUAAAAUUCCUACUUUUUCCUAUUUUUUUUCAAUUUGGCUAAAAUUCCUAUUUUUUUUAAAAAAUCAAAGGAAAUUCCUAAAAAGGCCCUAUUUUUUCUCAAAGAUUCCUAAUUUUUUAACUUUUUUGCAAUGAUCAAAAAGAGAAAAUGUUUUAAAUGUUGUUUAAAAGUUCUUCUAAUUCAGAAAAAAACAAUUUAGCACAGUUCAAAACAGUGGAAAGCUAGGAGACGUCUUUUCUGUAAAUAAAGCACUAUUUCUGAGUUACUUUUAUGUCAAUCACAUAAAGGUAAGCACAUUACAUGGUCUUUAAAGUCCAUAUUUUGAUUUGAAAAUUCCUAAAUUUAGCCCUAAAAUUUGCGUAAAAUUGUACCAAAUUCCUAAUUUUAGCCCUAUUUUUUCGUACAAAUUGCCCUAAAAUUAGCCCUAAUUUUUUGUCGGGGUAUGCUAGACAGCCUGUGAUUUACACUUGUUUUUCAAACCAGUAAAAUAUUAUGGUGACACUCGUUAUUAGCAUGACCGGACUGGCGAUCUACUCCGAAGGUGUUACAUGUAUGUACCACGUUUAUGGACAAUGGUGAAGAUAAAAAAAUCAACUUAAUUUACAAAAAUAGAUGACUUUUGUACUAAUACUCAAACAGGUUAAAUUAUUCUAUUCAAAACUUUCUGCAGAAUAUUAGCUAGGAAUGCAGUUUUACACAAUAAAUAGAUAUUUCUCUG